UCAUGGGUGGCAGUGGGGAGAAGAGAGUGAAGGGUUUUCAGGGGAAGAGAGGAGUGCCCAAAGGGUGUUUGGCCAUAAAGGUGGGUCAAGGAGAAGACCAACAACGGUUUGUGGUGCCAGUCAUCUACUUCAAUCACCCACUCUUCAUGCAGCUUCUCAAGGAAGCAGAGGAAGAAUACGGCUUCGAUCAAAAGGGAACCAUAACCAUCCCUUGUCACGUCGAGCACUUCAGGAACGUUCGAGGCAUCAUCGACACCGAAAACUCUCUCCUUCACCACAAUCACGCUCGCUGCUUCGGCUUCUGACACCCUCACUUGCAGGCAUACCCAUGGUUUCGCCUUGUAAAUUCUCAGCUUUUCUUUUACUUUCGGUGAUGACAGUGUGAUGAUAGAGACGAGACGAGGACGACAACAGAAUGUUACAUCUUGCUGUUGUAGUUACCUUGUUAUAGUUUUGCUAGCAAUCUCAAUGAAAAGAGAUGCUUUUUCUUUUUCUUAAUUUCUAGAAGAAAGAGUUGAAAAGAACGCACGUGGGAGCUCAAUUUAACGACUUCUUUCUUUUCACUCCUUAAUACUUUCUUAUUUACCGUACAUUCUCGUCAAGUGGGUUUUUAUUAGAGGGAACUAAUUACAAAGUUUCUCUGUUGUUCUGUUCUUUUCAGAAGGCUACAAUUUGUUGUCGAUAGCCUGAGUUCUUUCUUAUCUUUUUGUCUUGUUUUCUGAAUGAUAAUUAUUAAUUACAUGGAUA